CAAACGCAUAAGCACAAUCUAUGAUGGAUUCCAAGGCAUGCUGUUUGUAUUCCAGCACCAGCUCAAAGCCAUAAAGGCAAUGCUUAAAUUUUCAAAGCUACUCCACCAUAGAGGUUUUCAUAUAACCUUUGUCAACACAGAGUUCAACCACAACCGCUUUCUAAAAUGCCUCGGACCCAACUCCCUCGAUGGCUUGCCUGAUUUUUGAUUCGAAACCAUUCCAGACGGCCUUCCACCAGACUCCAACCAAGAUGCCACCCAAGACGUCUCUUUAGCAUCGGACGCCAUCAGCAAAAACCUUUUGCCUCCGUUUUGAGACCUCCUCAUAAAACUCAAUGACGCGGUGAUUUCGAUCAAUAAUGUUAGUCCUCCAGUGACUUGCAUUUUCUCAGAUGGUUUCAUGCCAUUUACAAUCACUGCUGCUGAAGAAUUUGGACUCCCUUUGGUACUCUUCUUUACCAUUCUGCAAGCAGUUUCAUGGGCUAUAAACAAUACCCUACUUUGGUGGAAAAGGGUAUUGCACCACUCAGAGUUCCGAUUCAAGGUCACAUAAAGGCAAUGCUUCAAUUAGCAAAACUCCUCCACCAUAAAGGUUUUCGUAUAACCUAUGUCAACACCGAGUUCAAUCACAGGCGGUUAGUUAAAUCUCUAGGACCCGAGUCCCUCUAUGGCUUGCCUGAUGAUUUUCGGUUUGAAACGAUCCCAGAUGGCCUACCGGAUUCGGAUGAAGAUGCCACCCAAGACCUCAGUUUGCUUGCAGAUUCAGUCACAAACAACUUCUUGGCACCUUUUGUUGAUCUGAUAAAGAAACUCAACAGUAGUAGUAGUACUCCUCCAGUGACAUGCAUUUUUUCAGAUGGUUUCAUGCCAUUCACAACCCCUGCAGCUCAACAAUUUGGCAUCCCCGUCACACUCGUGUUUACUUUUUCAGCAAGCGGCACCAUGGGCUAUAUGCAGUAUCCUGCUUUGGUGGAAAGAGGACUAGCACCCCUCAAAGAUGAGAGGUGGCUCACGAAUGGCUUUUUAGACCAAGAGGUAGAUUGGAUACCAGGAAUGGAAAGUAUUCGUUUAAGGGAUCUUCCUAACAACUUUGUAACAACAAAUCCCAAUGAUGCAAUCUGGAAUUUCAUACUUGAAGGAAUGGGCAGACUAAAUGAAGCUUCAGCAAUUGUUAUACAUACCUUUGAUGCAUUGGAGCUAGAUGUUUUGGAUGCUCUCUCAGCUAUGUCUCCACCUGUUUACGCCGUUGGCCCUUUCCAGUUACUUCUCAAUCAGAUACCACAACACCGUUUGAAGUCCCUGGGAUAUAGCCUAUGGAGAGAAGAAACCGAGUGCCUUGAAUGGCUGAACGAUAAGGCACCAAACUCAGUUGUUUAUGUGAAUUUCGGCAGCAUAAUGGUCAUGACCCCGGAACAACUUGUGGAAUUUGGUUGUGGACUUGCAAAUAGCAAGGUUUCUUUCUUCUGGGUAAUUAGGCCUGACUUGGUAGUUGGUAAAUCAGCAAUUUUGCCACCCGAGUUUGUGGAUGAAACUAAGGGGAGAAGUCUAAUAGCGAGUUGGUGCCCUCAAGAGCUAGUCCUUAACCAUCCAUCAGUUGGAGGAUUUUUGACACACAGUGGUUGGAAUUCUACGCUGGAAAGUGUGUCUGCAGGAGUGCCUAUGCUGUGUUGGCCGUUCUUUGCUGAUCAGCCGACGAACUGUCACUGUACUUGCAAAAGAUGGGGCAUUGGUAUGGAGAUCAAUAAUGUUGUCAAGAGAGAUGAUGUUGAGAAGCUUGUUAGAGAGUUAAUGGAGGGAGAGAAGGGUACGCGAAUGAAGAAUAAGGCCAUGGAGUGGAAAAAAUUGGCAGAGGAAGCCACUGGUCCACAGGGUUCUUCAUCUGCAAACUUCGAAAAAUUAGUGAAUCAAAUUCAGUUUAAAAAAAUCUAGAUGCUGUGCAUUGGAACUAAUGAGAGACAUGUAUUGCAUGCCUCACAGUUAUCGGUUCAAAAGAACUAGCAACAUGUUUGGCCUGCUACUACAUCUUCAGUUUUAUUUAGUUACUGUUUUUAAUUAAA